GCCUGCAGAGUUUAUGGCAUCAGGACCCUUUGUGUGCAAACAGGCAUUCUUCAUCAGAUUACUACUGAGUCCUCUUUUCUCCCUUGUCCCUCCUUCUCUCUUCUCUUUCUGUGUUUGAAUGGAGAAGCUGGGUUCCCCGGAACCUGCGCACCCUUUGCCGGGUGCAUGGCCUGUCGCUGGGGUUUCUGCUGCCAAGACUGCAAGGGCAGAGGAAGACAAGGUGCCGGUCAGCGACAAACUGUUUCGCUGUGCAUGUGUGAGACGAUGGCUCCCACUGGCCUACAGAGAGGAACUCUACCAAGUCUUACUGCUCACGGGGCCACUGCUGCUCUCUCGGAUCCUGAACUUCCUCAUGCCGUUUGUUACCACUAUAUUCUGUGGUCACAUUGGCAAUGCAGAACUGGCUGGAUACGCACUGGCCUCAGCGAUCAUCAACCUGAGCACCACUGCCACAGGCUAUGGCCUUUCCAUGGCUUGUGACACACUCAUUUCUCAGACAUUCGGCAGUAAGAACAUGAAACGUGUGGGAGUUAUUCUUCAAAGGGGUUUGUUGAUCCUGCUGAUGUCUUGUCUGCCCUGUUGGGGUCUUCUCAUCAACUCUUACCAAUUGCUGUUAGUCAUGCACCAACAGGAAGAGGUGGCGAGAAUUGCCCAACUCUAUGUGAUGGCUUUUCUACCAGCUGUUCCAGCCCAGUUCCUACAUCAGCUGCAAGUUGCCUACCUGCAAAACCAAAGGAUUAUUCUGCCUCAGAUGUACACAGCAGCAGCAGCAAACAUUGUCAACUUGGGGGCCAACUACGUAUUGAUCUUCAGCCUUGAGUUGGGAGUCGUUGGAUCAGCAAUUGCUAAUAGCCUUUCUCAGAUCGUCAUCUGCCUGCUGUUGUUUGGCUACAUCAGAUGGAAGAAGCUCCAUCAGCAGACAUGGGGAGGCUGGUCCACCGACUGUCUGCAGGACUGGGGCUCCUACAUGAAGCUGGCUAUUCCCAGUUUAUUCAUGAUCUGCUUUGAAUGGUGGGUCUGGGAGAUUGGAGGCUUCCUUGCUGGUAUACUUGGAGAGUUGGAUCUUGCUGCGCAGCAUGUGUUGGUGGAAAUAGGAUCCAUAACAUACAUGUUCCCUCUAGGUAUCCAUGCAGCUGCCUGUGUGCGUGUUGGGAAUGCUCUGGGGGCCGGGGAAACUUCCAGGGCCAUAUUCACCUGCAAAGUGGCCCUGGCUCUGUCAGGAAUUCUCGCUCUGAUCCAGGCUAUCGCCAUCGCUGGCUGUAAGUCUUUCGUUGGCUACAUAUUUACCUCUGAUGAAAACAUCGUGGCAAUAGUGUCAGAGAAUCUCACAGUCUACAUAUUUCUACAAUUCUUUGAUUCACUUCUGUGUGUCUGCUCAGGGAUUCUUAUAGGAGCUGGGAUGCAGAAAAUUGCCGCCUUGUCUAACCUGGUGGCUUACUACUGCGUCGCUCUCCCGGUGGGAAUAGCUCUGACGUUUUUUGCCAAACUCAGGAUAAUGGGCCUGUGGCUGGGUCUCCUUAUGUGUGUUUUCUUGGAGGUGUGUUUCUUCCUCUUUCUAAUCUACAGACUCAACUGGAAGAAAGUCACACAAAAGGCUCAGCAGCGAGCUGGAAAUAGAGUGGUGAUGAUACCAAAGCGUCCUGCUAGUACAGUGCUGACUGAAGCGAUGGUGCCUGGCAUCUCUGACCGCCCUACAGCCCAGCUGGACGCAGAAGAAGCCUCUAAAGCAGACGGCUACACUCCAGUCAACACCCAGGAUCAGGAAUUGAAAGCGGUUCAUGAGGCUGAGGCCAGCAACACAAACACAGGAGGAGCUGAGGGAGAUGCUGAGCAGAACAAAAAGACUUCAAAAACCAAGACUCAGGCUCCUCUUCCUCUCACUCAGCUGAUCUUGCGCCGUGGGAUGACCUUCUUGGUUUUAGCUCUCGCCUUGGCCAUAGGUGUUGCUUUCCACCUCGCUUUCCCUAUGCCGGAUCCCUCCACACUGAGCCGGGCCAACUUUACCUUGAACUGGGCAAAUGACUCCACUCCUACACCUCUGGCUCCACUGGAUCUGACCCCCAAACUCUGAGCUAUCCCUGACCUCUGAAUGUAGACAUCUAGUGUCUGAACACAGCUUUCACAGACUGAACAUUUUGAUCUCCUCAAGAGAAAAGCGCUGAAUUCAUAGUCUUCUCAUAGACCUGGGUUGUUAUUCUGUAAAACCACAACCUGACAUGGGCUACUGGAUUUUCUUUGUGCAGAGCAAAAUGCAUCUCAGUGCUGCACUGCUGAGCAAAUCCACAGAAAGCUGGAAGCAAUAUCAAAUGAGACAGAGACUGGCGGGAUGAACAAAGGUCUUGUUACAAAGAUCGUGUUUUAACCUGCUCAGCCUGAGAUGCUCAACAAGGACUACGAGACACGUUAUAAAUCCCUAACCGAGAGACCAUGUGGGCAUGAAGGAACAGAUGUUCUCUCACAGAUAGCUUUUGAUCCCCCCCCCCCAUUCCUGUCUUGAUUUUGCACUGUGACAUAUAUCUUCUUUCUUACUGACCUUUAAUCAUUUUUCAUGUUUAAACUGUGAGUGUAAGAUUGACUGUAAGUAUCUGAUGUAAAACGUACAUGUUUAAAUGUGUAAUACACUUUAUAGUUAUAUGAGCAAA